GAGCGCGAAAAACCCUAAACAACAGGACUGGUUCCGCGAGGGGGAGAGGAAGAAUUAGGGAAAAAAAAACCCUGAAAUGACAGACUUACCCUUAAUGAAGGGUAAGUCCAAGACGCUCCGCGAUUCCGCCGUUUUUGGCCACUCCGCUCCACGACCGACGCGGCCGCUCCAGCCGCAACACAAAUCCGAGACGCGACAGACCAACAAUUGCGGCGUCGGGCCGCUCCGCUCCAGAGCGCCGCGAUAGCGGCCGCUCCUACCGCUAUUGACAACUAUGCUUUCAAUAUAGGUUGUUUGGAGAUAUGUUUGCUUCAUCUAUUUAAGAGAUCCUGCAAUUAUUUGACUUGAAAUUUCCUUGCUUGAAGUUGUUUGGAGAUAAAGUGCUCCCUUCAGCUAAAAGUUCUUGUGCUCCUCUUUGUCUCUCUUUCAUCUUUCAUAGCCACUCCUACCUUCUACGGGAAUCUACAAAAGGCUAUCCAUUUCAUCCUCUAUGAAGUUUACAUGUUUGAGCAAAGGUGGGGGCUUUCACUUCCCACCAUGUCACAUGCUGAAUUUUUGUGGCAUUAGAAUCUUAUUAGAUUGCCCACUAGACCUUUCUUCUCUCAUGGUGUUUUCUCCUGUACCUACUGCUUUUGAUUUCUUGCCAUCCGAAGAAAGCAGCAACACUGUGGCCAGUGGUUUUUUUGAUUCAAGAGUUGGGUCUGGGAAAAGACAUAAAAUUGAAAAGCUCCUUGAUGCUAAAAGCUUACUUUUUACUGAACCUUGGUACAAGACUGUUAAUAACUUGCACCUGUGGAAUUCUUCUUUCAUUGAUGUCGUAUUAAUCUCCAGUCUAAUGGGUAUUCUGGGAUUGCCUUUUCUUACUCGAAUGAAGGGUUUCUCAACUAAGAUAUAUAUAACGGAAGCAUCGGCAAGAUUAGGCCAGCUAAUGAUGGAGGAUCUUGUAUCAAUGCAUGUGGAAUUCAGUCAGUUUUAUGGACCAGAGGAAUCAAAUUUCCCUGCAUGGCUGAGGCAGGAAGAGCUUGAAAUCCUUCCUUCUGAAUUGAGAGAGAUAAUAUUGGGAAAAGAUGGAGUGGAGUUGGGUGGUUGGAUGCCAUUGUACAGGUGAUGUGAAGGAUUGCAUGCUAAAGAUUCACAAGCUUAAUUAUGCUGAGGAAGCUUGCUACAAUGGUACAUUAGUUAUAAAAGCAUUCAGCUCCGGUACAGAAAUAGGAAGUUGUAAUU